AGGGCUGAAAGGCCGUCCAUAUAAGCUCUCAGCCCACGUUUACAUCUUGCUCGACCAAUCCCCUCUCUAGGGUUUAGUAUCGCCGUUGCAGCAAGAGCAGGCGAAAAAUGGCCCCAAAGAGAGGAGGGAAGUUGGCUGCUACCUCAGCUAUGAAGAAAACUGAGAAGGUAGUGAAUCCGUUGUUUGAGAAGCGCCCAAAGCAGUUUGGUAUUGGAGGAGCUUUGCCUCCGAAAAAGGACCUUACCCGAUUUGUCAAAUGGCCGAAAGUUGUUCGCAUUCAAAGAAAGAAAAGGAUCCUCAAGCAACGGUUGAAGGUUCCACCCGCAUUGAAUCAAUUCACCAAGACUCUGGACAAGAAUCUUGCUUCAAGUCUGUUCAAGUUGCUUCUCAAGUACAGGCCUGAGGACAAAGCUGCAAAGAAGGAACGGCUUUUGAAGAAGGCCCAGGCUGAAGCAGAAGGAAAAACUGUUGAGGCUAAGAAGCCCAUUGUCGUGAAAUAUGGACUUAACCAUGUUACCUACCUUAUUGAGCAGAACAAGGCCCAGUUGGUUGUUAUUGCUCAUGAUGUAGACCCUGUGGAGUUGGUUGUGUGGCUUCCUGCCUUGUGCAGGAAGAUGGAGAUCCCUUACUGCAUUGUCAAGGGGAAAUCACGAUUGGGAACAAUUGUCCACAAAAAGACAGCAGCUGCCUUGUGUUUGACUACGGUUAAGAAUGAGGAUAAGUUGGAGUUCAGUAAAAUACUCGAGGCCAUCAAGGCAAACUUCAAUGACAAGUAUGACGAGUACAGAAAGAAGUGGGGAGGUGGCAUCAUGGGCUCCAAAUCACAAGCCAAGAGCAAGGCCAAAGAGCGACUUCUUGCCAAGGAAGCAGCACAGAGGAUGAACUAGGUUGAGUAUCAGAGCCUUAGCGGGAUAUUUCGUUAUGUUAUUUUUGUUUUAUUGUUCUGUUAAAAGCAAUGGCGGAUGAAGUUAGCUUAAAAACUCUCUCACCCUCUAGCCAUGUGAAUGGGUUAUUCACUUUCAGGCCUCCUGUUGGGCUCUAAACUGCAGCAUUUGUUUUGUCUAUGUUCCUAUUGCCAUCUCAUUUUAGGGUUUAGCUUCUGUUAGGCUCUUUACACAUGCUAAACUAUAGCAUCUGUUUUGUCUAUGUUACUGUUGCUAUCAUAUUAGGCAUAUAUACAGGACUUCCAAAAUUUUCCUUCAUA